GUCGGGGCGUGCGGCCGGCGAGCGGGGACGCGCGGCGCUGGCAGCCCGGCUCUCCGCGCUCACCGGGGUCCGGGCGAGCCCCGAGCGCCUUGGACCAAUCCAAAGCGAUUAUGCAAGACGGCGGACCAAUCAGCUCCGCCAGCUCAUGAAUAUUCAUAGGCUUGGCUGAGUCAAAGCUUUUAGGCGAGUUUGUGUAGAUCUACAGCAUCAUGCUUAGACUUUUCAAAGAGACAAACUCCAUUUUCUUAUGAAUGGAAAGUGAAAAACCCUGUUCCGCUUAAAUUGGGUUCUUUCCUGUCCUGAGAAACACAACAGACCCCAAAAAGGCAAGCUGAAGAGAGAACACACACACAGACCAAGCGACAAGAAAUGACCAUGACUACCAUGCCAGAGAGUCUAAAUAGCCCCGUCUCAGGGAAGGCUGUCUUUAUGGAGUUUGGGCCGCCCAGCCAGCAAAUGUCUCCUUCUCCCAUGUCCCACGGACACUAUUCCAUGCACUGUUUACACUCCGCGGGCCACUCUCAGCCUGACAGCUCGUACAGCACAGCUUCGUCCUUCUCCCGACCGCUGGGCUACCCCUAUGUGAACUCGGUCAGCAGCCACUCCAGCAACCCCUACAUCAGUUCAGUGCAGUCCUACCCCAACAGCUCCAGCCUGACUCAGACCCGGUUAGAGGAGACAGGGGCCGAAUCCGAGAAAAGCACUGUGGUGGAAGGAGGGGAAGUUCGCUUUAAUGGGAAAGGGAAAAAAAUACGCAAACCCAGGACUAUUUAUUCCAGUUUGCAGCUACAGGCUUUGAACAGGAGGUUCCAGCAAACUCAGUACCUGGCUCUCCCCGAAAGAGCAGAGCUCGCAGCAUCUCUGGGACUCACCCAGACACAGGUGAAGAUUUGGUUUCAGAACAAGCGCUCCAAAUUCAAGAAGCUGAUGAAGCAAGGAGGGGCCGCCCUGGAGAGCAGCGCCUUGACCAACGGCAGGGCUCUCUCCGGCAGCUCGCCACCGGUGCCCCCGGUGUGGAAUACCACCUCCGCCUCCGGUAAGGCCUCGUCGGGCACCCCGGGUACCUACAUCCCCAGCUACACGUCGUGGUAUCCUUCGGCCCACCAAGAAGCUAUGCAGCAGCCGCAGCUGAUGUGAUUAUAAACGCGUUUUCCCCUACUGCAAGCACCAUCGAUCCCGAAAAGAUUUCGCAAUCAUUAUGGAAAAAAUAAUUAAAAAAAAUAAAAAAGAGAGAAAUUAAGAAAAAAAUAAAAGGAAAGGGGAAAAUGAGGAAAAAAAUAAUAACAGGGGAAAGAGAGAGAGGACAAAAACACAAAGGAAACCCAAGCGAACAACCAAGCAGGAGGUCUCUUGCCCGUCCAGCCGCCGGGAUGCUGCCCCGCAGCCCGGGUGCGGGAGCGCACAGCUGCGAUGCGGCCGGUUCCCAGCGCUGACAGCUGCCGGGCGGCCCCGGGCACCGACCGCGCACCAGCCCGAGAGCACCGCGAGCGGCGGCCGCGGCUUUGUGGGACAAUCGGAAAAAGAUGUUUGAGAGGGGGGAAGCCCUCUCCUCUGUCCUGUCUGUCUGUCUGUGUCUGUUGAAAUGUAGGUCAUUUAUUUGCUACUCCGCUCUGACGGUCUCUUCAAUUGCAAGGGGGAAAGAAGCUGUACAAUGUCCAGAGCUUCUUUCCCUCGACGUUUUCUGUACCUUUCACUCUCCAUCUGUAUAUUUUUUGUUGUUGUUAAAAGGGGAAGACAGGGGUUUUAUUUAUUGAUUUAAAUUACCACUAUGAGAGCGCCAGAAACAAACUCAGCUCGCUGAGUGCACUGCUCGGACGGACGCACCAUUUACCACACUCGGCCCCCGAUUCCCCCUCCCCCCAAUAAACCACCUCGAAAGAAGGCGCGAUUUUUAACUUUUACAAGAACUUUUCUACUUCGCUGCUGUGGAGGGGCUGGCGCCCAACGGUUUGCAUCUCUCGCGUAUUCAACAAAGGGAAUACAUGCGCGUUGUUUGCUGCUCGGAAGUGGAGCCGCAGCAGCUGCCGAGCGCGGUGCCGAGGUGAAGCAAGGCGCGGAGAACGGAACGAGAGCCCCGAGAGCGGCGACGGCGGGUGGAGGUGUCCCGCCAGGCGGGCGGGAGCACCCGCGCAGCUCCGCGCAGCCCCGGCCAGGCUUCUCCGCGCAAAGAUGUCCCGAAGUCUAAAUGCACAAACCGACGUGCAGGAGCUACUCGCUGUACAUAUUUUAUUCAUUAUUAUUAUUAUUAUUAAUAUUAUUAUUAUGUAAACAUGUUGCACAAAUUUAGCCUUUUUUUAAUUAUUAUUAUAAUUUCCGUUUCGUGUGGCUGUAAAACAUGAUGCUUUGUGUACUGAGAUCUUGACAUUUUACUUGUGAAACUCGGAAGAUGUGAUAAACUGAGCUCGGCUGUGUUUAGUGUUCUAUAUGUCAAAGUUUAGUUUUAUAUUGAGAAUGUUAACUUAUUGCUUUGUAUCUGGGGAAAGAAAGAAAAACAAAAACAAAACCGAAAAACACACAAAUCUUUGUACAUAAGUUAUAAAGUUUCUCUGAGACAGUAAAAUUAUGGUUUGGCAAAAGA